AUGAUUAUUAAUGAGACUUUUGAUUCACUUAUUAACAAGAAUAAUUUAAAUGAAAAAGGUAGUAAGGUUAAUGAAUUAAAGAAAGAUAAUAUUAAGAAGUCACCAAUAUUUGGUAGUGAUGAUAAUGACUUUGAAUUACCAAUUAAGAAUAAUUUAGAUAAGAGUAAAUUACCAAUAAAGAAGAAUGAAUUAAGUAAGAAAAAGGAAGUUAAAAAAAUUCCAUUAUUUGACAGUGAUGAUGAUUAUGACUUCCCGGCACUGAUUUGA